AAAAACUAUAAUAUAUAAAAAUAUAAUAAUUCAUCGCAUUUAAAUAAUGAAAUUGAUUGGAGCUGGUUGUUAAUUGUUUAUACCUUUUUCUGAAAGAAAAAAGCUGAAGAAGAAAAUGAUGGCCCACGCUCGGCGGAUUCCGUGAGUUGCACGCACUGAUGGUCGAUCACUUACUCGAUCUUUGAUUGGGUAAUUCACAGUUAGUGUAACGCACGCGCCAUUUUGGCGAAGGGGGCUCGAAAAUGAAGGUCAAAUCUGUAGAAUAUUAGUAUAACUAAAACCAAGAACCGCCCCUAAAGCUUAGAGCUCACAGAAAGUAAAUACAGUUUAGAGAGAGAAAGCUAUUUAUAUUUAAGAGAGAUAGGGAGAGAGAAUCAGGAGAGAAGAGGUAAGAGGGUGAUGAGAACAAAUCUGAAAAGGUUGAGUGACAGAAAUUAGAGGAGAGGAAAACGCCAAAGCUGUAGUUUUAGAACUCGCAAAAAGAUCAUACUUUUGUUCAUUUUGAUUGCACAUUAUUCACAUAAGCAUAAGUUAGUGUUGCAAUGAGGGAACUUUUUUAUUCUGAAUAAGGGCAGACAUUGGCAAUCUUAGUCAUAGAUCCAUUCAUUGCAUAUAAACAGUGGGAGGGGUAGAGAGAGGGAGAGAGAGAUAAAAGGUGUUGAGGAAUCUGAUGUUGCUUCGGUUUCUAGUUGAAGUUUUCGUAUUUCCGUGAUUGGAAUUUUUGCAGGGUUUUAAAGGGAUUUUUGGGAAUUCGUUGGGGUGUAAAGGGUUUCGACAGAUUGUAGUACCGCGGAGGAGGAGCCCGAAUAUUUUAGAAAUUUUCGAGAUUUGAUUUUUGAAGUGUCCCGAGAAUUAUGGAGAGCGGUGCCGAGCAAUCACCAGCAGCGUCAUCUUCGGCGGCGCCGCCAGCUGAGGAGCUGCUGAAGAAGAUUCAGGAUUUAGAAUUAGGUCACGCCCACUUGAAGCACGAGAUGUCUAAGCUUAUCACUACUUCCACAGCUGAAAUCUUGGCGGCUGAUCGCCGGCAGAAGCAGAGGUCCCACUCCAUUUCGCCGCAGCGGGGGCCGCGGUGGAGGACCGGCGGCGGAGAUGCUAAUUCGGUGGCGGCGUGGAAGAAGGGCUCCGCCACAUUCCGGCAUUCGUCUCCGCUGCAGAGGGAGAGUCAUAGUACGGACUCGUGGACUGCUGGCGGCGGCCGUGGCGGCGGAGGUCAUGGGCCGGCGGCGGUGAAGCUCACGGAUAAGCAGUAUCUGAAUAUAUUGCAGUCAAUGGGGCAGUCAGUUCAUAUAUUUGAUCUGAAUUUUCGGAUAAUUUACUGGAAUAAGAGUGCCGAGAAACUUUAUGGAUACUCAGCUGCAGAGGCUCUAGGGCAGGAUGCAAUCGAGCUACUGACGGAUCCUCAAGACAGUGCUGUGGCGAGUAACAUUGUGCGUCGAGUGGCGGCUGGUGAGAAUUGGACUGGGCAGAUUCCAGUUAAAAACAAGAGAGGAGAUAGGUUCUUAGCUGUGGCAACAAACACCCCUUUCUAUGAUGAUGAGGACACUUUAGUUGGAGUUAUAUGUGUAUCGAGUGAUUCUAGACCUUUUGUGGAAGCACAGACAGUAAAUUCGGAACUCAGUGAUUCAGGAACCGGUUCAAGAUUUAGCAGGUCUAGGACCAUUUCAGGCAAAUUUGGACUUGAUCAUCAGCAGCCUCUACAAGUAGCAAUUGCUUCAAAAAUAUCAAACUUGGCUACUAAGGUAAGCAACAAGGUUAAAUCAAAAAUGAGGCCUGCAGAGAACUUAGAUCGUGAAGGUGGCAGUGGUGAUAGUCAUCACUCAGAGCAUGGUUUCCCAGAUGUAGCAAUGUCCGAGCAUCGAGAGGACGCAGCUUCAAGUGGAGCUAGUACGCCUAGAGGAGAUAUACAUCCUUCUCCAUUUGGUGUGUUCUCUGGUGGCCAUGAGGAAAAUUCACCAAGUAAACCAUCUAGAGAUUCUGGUGACGAGAGCGAAGGGAAACCAGGAAUCUCUAAGAUUCUUAGCUCAAAGGCAGAGGCUUGGAUUGCUAAGAAAGGUUUGACAUGGCCAUGGAAAGGACAUGAACAGGAUGGGACAGAACCAAAGUCUGGCCGAUUCGGCUGCUCAUGGGAGAACGAUCAAGAACAUGAGUUGGGGCCGCAAAAGAGUGCUGCUGGCUCAUUAAAAUCAGAAAACCAGGCCACGGAGGCCAGCCAUACAGCUAAUAAUGAGGCUCCCGGGUCUUGGUCUUCUUCUAUUAAUGUGAACAGCACAAGCAGCGCUAGCAGCUGUGGAAGUACGAGUAGUAGUGCUCUCAAUAAAAUCGAUAUGGACACUGAUUGCUUAGAUUAUGAAAUCUUAUGGGAGGACUUGACUAUUGGAGAACAAAUUGGACAAGGUUCUUGUGGGACUGUAUAUCAUGCACUGUGGUAUGGAUCAGAUGUCGCUGUCAAAGUAUUCUCCAAGCAGGAAUAUUCAGAUGAUCUAAUCUUGGCCUUCCGACAGGAGGUGUCACUUAUGAAAAGACUCCGACAUCCAAAUAUUCUCCUCUUCAUGGGUGCAGUUACUUCACCUCAAUGCCUUUGCAUUGUGACAGAGUUUCUCCCACGUGGGAGUCUGUUCCGGUUGUUACAACGGAAUUCUCCCAAAUUGGAGAGGAGACGGCGUAUUCAGAUGGCCUUGGAUAUAGCACGCGGGAUGAAUUACCUUCAUCAUUGCAAUCCUCCCAUUAUUCAUCGUGAUUUGAAGUCGUCGAACCUUCUUGUCGACAAGAACUGGACUGUCAAGGUCGGUGAUUUCGGUCUCUCGCGUCUCAAACACGAAACAUACUUGACAACAAAGACAGGGAAAGGCACGCCUCAGUGGAUGGCUCCUGAAGUUCUUCGUAACGAACCUUCAGAUGAGAAGUCCGAUAUAUAUAGCUUCGGUGUGAUACUAUGGGAACUUGUCACACACAAGAUUCCUUGGGACAACCUCAACUCCAUGCAGGUGAUUGGAGCUGUGGGCUUCAUGAACCAACGCCUCGAGAUCCCAAACGACGUCGAGCCACAGUGGACCUCCCUCAUUGAGAGCUGCUGGCAUAGCGAACCGCAAUGCCGGCCUUCGUUCCAAGAACUAAUGGAGAAGCUAAAAGAUAUGCAGAGGCAAUGUGCAAUUCAAAUGCAAGCUGGGCGCGCUGCUGCUGCCAAAGAAAGGUAGAUAGAUGCAAAUGGCAGCCAUUCUUGUGCUCUAUGUUUGUAUCAUCACUCCCACCUGCACAUACUGUAACGUUACCGGAGGUAGGAGGCUCGUGGAUCGGACAGCAACGCUGCACAUUGCUCGUUGUUUAACGAGGCAGAUAGUGCAACACAUCGAACAUGCCUUGGGACAGGGAUAGAAAUUCAGAGGAUUCACAAGUGUGCUUUUGAUUGAAUGAUUUGUGAUUCUCAUUUUUGGCUCCAUCUGUACUCAAAAAAUUUCAAGAUGCACCUUUGUAUAAAGAUGGAAACUUGUUUGUUACAAAA